AUGGCCCUAUCGUUGUGCAUGGGAUCGUGGAGGCGACUGAGACCCGAAGCGAAAUACGUUCUAUGGCUGCGAGUCGACCAGAAAUCCUGCUUCAAGUCGAUUUUCCACGCAGGCUUUGAGCCAUUGAUAGUAGAGCCCGUACGCGACGGUGAUGCAUUGGUGUCAGAUAUAGAAACUGUCAACAGAAUUCUGGGACAACGUGCCGAAGAGAUUCUCUGUGUUAUGUCUACGACGUCUUGCUUCUCUCCACGAAGUCCCGACUCACUGGAGGCGAUAUCCAGUGUAUGUCAGGGCCGAGCAGCUGGACGCAUUGAUGCCUUCGUACAAUCACUCGACAAGAACUUCCAGGUUCCUGUCGGCGGAGCUGUUAUAGGAGUAUUCAAGCAGAGUGCCGCUAAAACAAUAGCCCAAUUUUAUCCGGGUAAGUGUGGGUGA